CUGUUCUCUCUCUACAGCAGCAACUUCGCACUCAAAAACAACAACAUGUCCGUUGUGCCUGGCGGUAAGAAGCUGGUCCGGAGCCCGAGUGGGCUCCGCAUGAUACCGGAGAACGGAGCUUUCAACAGUCCGUUUGCCCUUGAUGAGCCGCAGUGGGUUCCGGAUAAAGAAUGCCCCAAGUGCAUGCAGUGUGAUGCCAAGUUUGACUUCAUCACCAGGAAGCAUCACUGCCGGCGCUGUGGCCGGUGUUUCUGCGAUAAAUGUUGCAGUCAGAAAGUGGCUCUGCCCAGGAUGUGUUUUGUGGAUCCGGUGAGGCAGUGUGCAGAGUGCGGUCUCACCUCACAGAAAGAGGUGGAGUUUUACGACAAACAGCUUAAAGUGCUCACCGCCGGAGGAACCUUCCUGGUCAAAGUGGGUACCUCAGAGAAAACGGAGACAAUGGUGUGCCGACUGUCCAAUAACCAUAGAUAUCUCUUCCUAGAUGGGGACAAUCAUUUUGAGGUGGAGCUGUCUCGCAUUUCCAGUACGCAGGUGUUGACUGAUGGAUCGACCCCAGGAGGCUGUUCACUCCGUGCCAGUGGCAUGAUGCUUCAGUACAAGCCAUCAGGAUCUCUGAACCUUCAGCAGCUUCACAUGGAGACUGCAGAAGACAAGCGCACCGCGUCUGCCUGGCUCGCAGCCAUGCACAAAGCUGCCAAACUUUUGUACGAGUCAAGGGACCAGUGAAAUGACAAAGGAAAAAUCACAGUGCAAGACAGAGAGGGAUGGACAGAACUAGAAGGAAAGAGAGAGAACAAAACCAAGUAUUUUGUGUUAUUCAGACUUACAUGUACUCUUAAGAUGCUUGUAUGAUUUGUAUCCAAUCCUUUGCUUCUCCCUGUCAAGACAGACCAGAUAUACUUACAAACUGUCUGUCUGUGCCAAGGGGAGAACCCCGUUUCCAGAUGACUCUCGUGCAAUAUGGACAUGUAUGAUAAUAUAUAAACACCAUUUAACAGAUGCUUUAAGUGUAGUCUCACGUAUCAAAGUUUUGUAAACAAAAUAUAUUUUGUCAGAUAUUCUUAUUUUAACACAAAAUGCUGUGUAUCUACUUUAUACUGCCCGACUAUUUACAAUAUUUAGUGUUUUUCUUUUUUCUUGACAUGUUUAAAACACUUGAAGAACACUUGUUUUUCCUACACUACUGAAUGACGUUUCAUUUUUUGGUCAUGUGUUUUAAGCCUGCAGAGCAAGAUUUCCUUUUUUAGGAAACUGAAAUUAGAGCAGCCAAGUUCCCUGGACAUACUUUAAACAUUCUUCAAGGUCAACUGGUUGUGUUUGCUAAUUUUCAUUUUCAAUGUACACCAUAUAAACAUGUUGAAUCCACAACUGACCUGUUUAUGUCUGUACUAGUUCAAAUCUGAUAUACAAACACAAGCUGGGUAUUUUUCUCCCUAGCAUGGCACAACAGGGCUUUAAACUGUCAUAUACACCUAAUGCGUACAAAUAUACCUGACAUUUACAGUUGGGUCAAACUCUUUAAUCUACAUUCAAAAUCUGAGAGUCUGAGGAUUUUGCAGAAUUGA